UAAGCUCCAAUCCACUGCAUUCCUUUGCCGCUGCGCGCCUUGCUUCGAACCUACUUGAGCGCUGCCUCACCUCACUCACUCACCAAGCGCCCAGCGAGCUUGCGGUUCUUCACACGCACGCUUCCCCCCAUAUAUACCCGACCAUAUAUACCCACCAGGCAACGAUCCAUCGGGAGGAAGCAACCGGCGGUCGACCAUACCGAUCGCCCUUACAUACAUCGACGUUGCCUGGCUCGUCGGAGUAGCUAGCUACGAGGCCAGCAGCUGCCGCCAGAGAGAGGAGCCUGCAAUGGGACGUCCGUCGUCCGGCGGCGUGGGGCAGCCCAAGCUCCGCAAGGGGCUGUGGUCGCCUGAGGAAGACGAGAAGCUCUACAACCACAUCCUCCGUUACGGCGUGGGCUGCUGGAGCUCCGUCCCCAGGCUCGCCGGGCUGCACCGCUGCGGCAAGAGCUGCCGCCUCCGCUGGCUCAACUACCUCCGCCCCGACCUCAAGCGCGGCACCUUCUCGCAGGAGGAGGAGGACCACAUCGUCGCGCUCCACCAGAUCCUCGGCAACAGGUGGUCACAGAUCGCGUCGCACCUGCCGGGCCGGACGGACAACGAGAUCAAGAACUUCUGGAACAGCUGCAUCAAGAAGAAGCUCCGGCAACAAGGCAUCGACCCCGCCACGCACAAGCCCAUGGCCUCCGGCGCAGUCACGGCGGCAUUGCCGGACGUGGAAGUGGAAGACCGUAAGCCCCUUGCCGCGGCCGCCGACGGCAGCCUCGCUCUGAAGCAGUCGGCGGAGUUCGACCCGUUCCCGGUGUGCGCCGACUACGGCGGCGGGUUCGCCGGCGACCUUGGUGCCGCGAACGCGGCCGCACUGUACGUCCAGUUCGGCGACUGCAAGGACGGCGCGGACGACGAUGCCGGGUUCGGCGCCGCCGACUACAGCUGCGUGCUGGACGUGUCGGAGAACCUGGGCUACGGGGAGAGCUCAAGCAACAGCAGCAACUGGAACUACGGCGGCGAGGUGGGCAGCGUGCUCGACGGCGAGGUGCUGCACUGGGCCAAGGCGGAGAUGGAGCAGCAGCACGACGAGCCGUUGGAGCACAAGUUCUCGUUACCCUGCCAAGAACAGAGCCUCGCAAAUUUCGAGUUCAAUUUGGAACAAUAUUUUUGAUCUUCUCUUUCUUUCUUUUUUAUUUAAAAAACAUUUCCCUACUCUCUCCCUCUUUUUUAAGAGAAACGUUAGUGCCACUUUCAGGCACCAAUUCCAGGUUUAUUAUAUUAUAGGUGAUACAGAACAAGGAUGGACCCUUCGAGGUAAUUUCUAGGCCCUUCGAGAUACAGAACAAGGAUGGUGCGCGUUGCGGCAACAUCCAUUUCUCCGACUGAACUAUAGAAAUUUGUACAAAUA